GAUGUAAACGCAUCUUUAUUAUAUCACAUUACAUUUCCAGCUGCUGCCGCUGAUUUACCCGCUCCCGCUCACUGUCGCCUCCCUCCUGUUUACGUUACACACCAGGCUUCCGGCUUGUGCGUUCCACAUGACUUCCGGCCUGUGCGGUCCAACUUCCACCUGACUUCCGGCAUGUGCGUUCCAACUUUACCUAACUUCCGGUCUUUGCGUUACACCUGGCUUCCAGCCUGUGCUUCCGCCUGACUACCGGCGCUCUGUGGCAGCGGUAACAUUUUCCGGGUGACUGCUGAGUAGGUGACAUAGCUGUUUCUGGCUAAGGAUUACACGGUAGUGAAGACAUCCAGUGACCAUGAGAUGCCCAGUCGCCAUCUCCAUGAGUCAGGAGGACUGAGCAGGACCCAUCACCCCAUCCCGGAGCCUCCACCUUACUCACUGAUACAUGUGAGAGACAAUGAGCAGGAGAUCCUGGACCUCACCAACAAGAUCAUUCAGAUGCUGACUGGAGAGGAGGGGGGAGUAUAUAGAGGAACACAAGGGUCUGUACAAGGACGUGAUAAUGGAAAAUCACCAGCCUCACCAAAUCACCAGCCUCACAUCACUGGAUGGGCCCAGUAACAGAGAUUCCCCAGAGAGAUGUCCCCGUCUUCUGUAUUCCCAGGACUGUACAGAGGAGAAUCACAGGACCCCACGGGAGGAUCGGGGUGAAUGUCUGGCUGAUGUAAAUGCAAGAGAUAUAGAGGGAGAAGAAGAGACAUAUGUGAUUGAUAUAAAGGCAGAAGAUAUAGAGGAAGAAGAGAUGUAUGUGACUGAUAUAAAGGCAGAAGAUUUAGAGAGAGAAGAAGCAACAUAUGUGACUUAUAUGAAGGCAGAAUAUAUAGAGGGAGAAGAGACGUAUGUGACUGAUACUAUGGUAGAAGAUAUAGAGGGAGAAGAAGUGACAUAUGUGAAGAAUAAUAAGGCAGAAGAUAUAGAGGGAGAAGAAGAGACGUAUCUAACGGAUAUGAAGGCAGAAGAUAUAGAGAGAGAAGAGACGUAUGUGACUGAUAUGAAGGUAGAAGAUACAGGAGGAGAAGAGACGUAUGUGACUGAUAUGAAGGUAGAAGAUACAGGAGGAGAAGAGACGUAUGUGACUGAUAUGAAGGUAGAAGAUACAGGAGGAGAAGAGACGUAUGUGACUGAAAUGAAGGAAGAAGAGGAGCCACAUAUGAGAGGUGAUCAGCCAUGUAAGGAGGAGGAAAUCCCUACAGAUAUAAGCACAGUAGAUGGAGGUGACAGCAGCAAUAUCUCAGAAGAAUUUCUAAUUUUAUCUAAGGACUGUAAAACAGAAGAUAUCACAGAGGAUUCUCCAGAUGAAAAUCCCAUUACACAUCCAGUACAUCACAGUACAGAUAUUUCAUUUGAUCCCCCUAACCAUGAACAGUGUUCUCCUGAUAACUCACACAGUACAGCUUUUAGUUUAGCCACAAUCUCUCCCUGUUCUGUAGAUGGCAAAUGUUUUACACAGGACACAAAGCUUAUUACCCAUCAGCCAGCUAAGGCUGGUGUUAAGUUAUGUCCAUGUUCUGAGAGUAGGAAAGGUUUUAUACAUAAAUCACAUCUUGCUACACUUGAGAGAAGUCAGCCACGAGUGAAGCAAUUUCCAUGUACUGAAUUUGGGAAACGGUUUAAACAUAAAUCAGCUCUAGUUAUCCAUCAGCAAAUUCACACAGGUAACAAGCCAUUUUCAUGUUCAGAGUGUGGGAAAUGUUUUCCAAAGAAAUCAGCUCUUGUUAGACAUGAGAGAGUUCACACAGGUGAGAAACCUUUUUCAUGCUCCGAGUGUGGGAGAUGUUUUGCACGCCAAUCACAUCUUGUUACACAUAAGACAGUUCACACUGGUGUGAAGCCAUUUUCAUGUUCUGAGUGUGGGAAAUGUUUUCCAAAGAAAUCAGCUCUUGUUAGACAUCAGCAAAUACAUACAGGUGAAAAACCAUAUUCAUGUUCAGAGUGUGGGAAAUGUUUUGCAUGCAAAUCGGCUCUAGUAACCCAUCAGAGACUUCACACAGAUGAGAAGCCAUUUUCAUGUUCUGAGUGUGGGAAAUGUUUUGCACGUAAAUCAACUCUUGUUGCACAUGAGAGAAAUCACAUGGGUAAGAAACCUUUUUCAUGUUCAGAGUGUGGGAAAUGUUUUAUACAUAAAUCACACCUUGUUACCCAUCAGAGUCUUCACACAGAAGAGAAGCCAUUUUCAUGUUCUGAGUGUGGGAAAUGUUUUGCACGUAAAUCAACUCUUGUUCAACAUAAGAGAAGUCACACAGGUGAGAAACCUUUUUCAUGUUUAGCAUGUGGGAAAUGUUUUACAUAUAAAGCAAGUCUUGUUAAACAUGAGAGAAGUCACACAGGUGGGAAGCCAUUUUCAUGUUUAGAGUGUGGGAAGUGUUUUACCCAGAAAUCAUCUCUUGUUACACACGAGAGAAGUCACACAGGUGAGAAACCUUUUUCAUGUUCAGAGUGUGGGAAGUGUUUUACACAUAAAGCACAUAUUGUUAUACAUGAGAGAAUACACACAGGUGAGAAGCCAUUUUCAUGUUUAGAGUGUGGGAAAUAUUUUACAAAGAAAUCACAUCUUGUUAGACAUCAAAGAACUCACACAGGUGAAAAACCUUUUUCAUGUUUAGAGUGUGGGAAAUGUUUUACAUAUAAAACAAGUCUUCUUGCACAUGAGAGAAUUCACACUGGUGAGAAGCCAUUUUCAUGUUCAGCUUGUGGGAAAUGUUUUGCAUAUAAAUCACUUCUUGUUAUACAUGAAAGAAUUCACACAGGUGAGAAUCCAUUUUCGUGUUUAGAGUGUGGGAAAUAUUUUACAAAGAAAUCACAUCUUGUUAGACACGAGAGAAGUCACACAGGUGAAAAACCCUUUUCAUGUUCAGAGUGUGGGAAAUGUUUUACAUACAAAUCAAGUCUUCUUACACAUGAGAGAGAUCACACAGGUGAGAAGCCAUUUUCAUGUUCAGAGUGUGGGAAAUGUUUUUCAUAUAAAUCAUUUCUUGUUAUACAUGAGAGAAGUCACACAGGUGACAAGCCAUUCUCAUGUUCAGAUUGUGGGAAAUGUUUUGCAAAAAAAUCACAUCUUGUUAGUCAUGAGAGAAGUCACACAGGCGAGAAGCCAUUUUCCUGCACCGAUUGUGGGAGAUGUUUUACACAGAAAUCACAUUUUGUCACACAUCAGAAACUACACACAGAUGAGAAACCAUUUCCAUGUUCUGAGUGCGGAAAGUAUUUUAUUCAUAAAUCAUCUCUUGUUAGACACGAGAGAAGUCACACAGGUGAGAAGCAGUUUUCAUGUUCUGAGUGUGGGAAAUGGUUUGUAGAUAAGUAUGCUCUUGUUAGACAUCAGAGAAGUCACACAGGUGAAAAGCCAUUUGUCUGCUCUGAGUGUGGGAAAUGUUUUACGCAUAAAUCACAUCUUAUUAGACAUGACAGAACUCACACAGGUGCGAAACCAUUUUCAUGCUCUAAGUGUGGGAUAAACUAUGCACGGAAAACAACUCUUAAUACACAUAUGAAAAUGUGUACAGGAGAAAAGCAAUUUCCAUGAUCUGACAGGGUUUUAACAUUGUUCCAAAUGACGAAUGCAUGUGCAGAGUGGAGUUACCUGUGGAGACCCUGAAACACACUAAGGGCAAUUCAACUAGUACUAGGUUCAUUUCUGUAGAAUGUUCUGAGCCUUGCAAACCUUUUCUGACUUCUGGAUUUGUAAGGGAGGGGGGGAGUGCACUUCUUGGUCUGGACUUUCUCAGCCUAAUAACUUUAGAUUAAGCAGAGCUAGUCCAGACCACUAGCCAGAUCUAUAUACAGGUUGUCAUGUCUUUAGAAAAGGCAGAAGAAGUCUGAGGUUAGUAGCAGUAGUCAGUAAGGUUAGCAAGGCUCAGAGCAGCAUCUAGAAAUGGAGCUCAAUCACCUAGUACCUAGUACUAGUUGAGUCCCUCCUUUAUAGGUAUAGGGGUUGUGUAUCAGGGUGUGCACAGGUAACUCCACUCUGCACAUACAUUCGCCAGCAGACCUGACCUUAAACGUUGCUUUCUAUUCACAGUCCCAGACAAGGAUGUUAAACGCACAGUAUCCAUAAUACCUGGCCAACUUCUAAAAUUACUGACUCCUUCAAAGGAACAUGGCAGUACUGUGUAACAUAACACAGAUUGUGACCCUACACUGCUCCUUUCCAAGCAAACUCCAGGUGCUCUAGGUUAGCUAGGAUAUUUUUCAAUGAUUUUGCGUAUUAACCAUGCAGAAUGGACAGUUUUGACCAGAUGACAUGAAUUGUCUUCAACCUUACCGAAUGAAGAAAGGUGUUGCAAGAUUAAAUGAGAGAUUUCUUCAUAGCAUGCUUGUUGCAUUUGGAGAAGCGGUAACAAGCUUUUUUUCUUUUUCUUUUUGUGGAAGAAUUUGAAAUAAAGAGCCUGAUUUUAAGGUGGGAGUAAAGUAAAAAAGAAAAGAGCAAGUAACUGCAUCGGGGUAAAACCAUGCUGUGCUCUUGGUGGGGCAGAGAUUUAGAUUUGAAAAGGGGCAUGUCCAAAUGCAACUUUAAAUUGCAGUGAAAGAAUAAAGCUGCCUAGCAUGUGUGGGCUACAUGCAAAUGCAGCAAGUAUUUAUCCUGCACUGAAGAAAUAUAACCCACCCAAAUUUAAAUCUCACUGCACGUUACAUCUGCCCACCUGCAGGUAGAAUUUACUCUUCAAAGAAAAAGUUAAUGUAUUUGCACCUAUUGCACUGCAACAUGGUUUGUCUGGGUGCACAAUUACUUGCUCUGCUUUUGCCUUACUACCAAAUCAGAAUCAAAUCAGGCCUAAAUCCCGAGAAUGAGGUAGGAACUGUGAAACAAAAAUGACAAAAAAAAGUAAUAUUUUAAAUUGAUCUCGAUGUAUUUUAGAAUAUCCUGGCAUUAAGAAUUAUGUAACAUGUAUAUGUUAAAAAUUAUGUAUAAAGAUAUUUGUUUGUGAAGAUUAACCCAAAGGAUAUUUGAAGGCUUGUUACAAUGUAAUUCUCCUUGCUUUUGAUAAAGAUACCUGUUGUUAAA